AUGGUUGGUUAUGGUGCAGCAUCGUAUCUUCGACAGAAAGAUGCAAAGGGUAACACAUCUUGUAUGUUAGUCAUGGCAAAAUCUAGACUAGCACCAACAAAAGCAAGGUUAGACACCAUUAUUCGUGAUGAACUGAAGGGCGUUCAAAUCGAUCGAUCAGUUUUCUGGACCGACAGUACAUGUGUUCUGAAAUAUUUGCAAAACAAGGAUGCCCGUUACCACACAUUUGUUGCUAAUAGAUUUUCAACAAUACUUAACACAACCCAUGAAGAUCAGUGGCAGCAUGUUGCUUCGCAGCACAACCCGGCUGACUUGGCGUCGAGAGGAGUGGAGCAUAUAUUGCUUGUUGAUAACCAGACUUGGCUACAGGGGCCUGAGUUCUUAAAAAAUGAUAAAGAAAAAUGGCCCAAGUUUUCUCAUAACUACAUAAUCGAUCAGAAUGAUCCUGAAGUAAAGAAUGUUAACGCUGCUGUUGCUUCCUUCGAUACAAGGAAAAUCUUCGUGAAGCUGUAA